AUGACAACAACAGCGCCUACGUCGGUCACUUCUACCCCUUCGACCUCUUCUGCCAACGACGCCUCUCCCGCCUCGUCCAAGGCCAACACCUCGGCCCUGCCUCCGCUCACCACGACCACACCCACCGCACGCCGAUCAACCCUCUCCCGCCCAAUGUCGCACGUAUCAAGGAACCGCCUGUCCCAGUUCUCCACGGGCUCUGUCCCAUCCAAGUCGAGGCCAGAGUCGAAUGCCUUUCCGCUCUUCCCUUCCACUCUGUCAUACACCCUUGUGCGCGAUUUCGCGUACCCAUAUACAAAUCCCCUCCAUUACGGCCCACCUCCAGAACCUUCCGGGCCCCCCUCAGGAUGGACAACUCCUGCUAGCGAGAGUCGCAGACUCUCGGACCCCCCGGUCGCGUGGGAUCAUCGCCUUUCUUCUCAGUUCUGGGGCUCUGACAGAUUCUCACGGGCCCAUGACAUCCCUCCCAUCCACUGCAGUGAUGGCGGCCCUCCAUACAGCGAAGACGAAGACCUACAGAGCCCCGUGGUCGCCACUCGACACCGCAAACACAAGUCUACAGCGUCUGCGAGCGGUGCACGCCGCAGCCAAAUUCUCAACCCUUCCAACUACGACAGUGAGAGGGGCUACUACGUUGGUACUAGCGGGGAUGGCCAUGAGAAGUAUUAUGUGAACCAGGGAGGGGAAGCCAAUGGCCCUGGCGGCGAGUUUGUCACGUAUCCUCCCGAUCAAUCACGGCAUAGCCGUGCUUAUCACUACGAUCAGACUGGUCGUCCCCGCGACGAGUAUGAUGUCUCCGAGAAUGCCAGCUCGCCUGCAUCAUCUGGCUUCCACGAUGCGGACCAGUCUCGCUAUUCACGGGAUUACCAAUUCACCAUCACCUCACCCGAUGAGGAAUUUCACGGUAAAGCCGUUGCUCUUUUUGACUUUGCGCGUGAGAACGAAAAUGAACUUCCUCUUGUGGAGGGCCAGAUUAUCUGGGUCUCGUACCGACAUGGCCAGGGCUGGCUGGUGGCCGAAGACCCAAAGACACAGGAGAGUGGUCUGGUACCCGAGGAGUAUGUGCGGCUACUGCGUGAUAUUGAAGGUGGAAUGAAUAGUCUCACGGGCAAUCUUAACGAUUCCAUGGGCUCCGGAAACGACGCUAGCACCCCGACACAGGCUGAGCACUUCAGCCAUAGCCAGCCCACAGGCACGGGCGGCGGCAGCGGCGGCACAAAUGGAUACCACCAACCCGUCGUAUCCAUGUUCUCUACCUCGAGUAAAGAUCUCAACCCUUAUCCAACUGAACAACUGGGCAUUCAUGCUGGGCAAGCCCCACCACAAGUUGUGCAUUACCAUGGCCAACGCGGCGGCAGCCAGACAAGCACACCAACAAUUAACCAAUCACAAGAUACGCCCACUCUUCCCAAAGAGAAUGAUGACGGACUCUCAAAGGAGGAUAGGCGAUCAUCCCGACAGGCUGCUAGAAAUUCCAAGACUGUUGCUGCACCAAGGGAUGAAGAACGCAUCCGCUCGCAGCACCGAUGA